UGUGCUCCAACCGCGUAUUACGCACAGAGGAGUCACGAUGGACCAGUUCCCCCAGAUGAAAAGGGGCGCUCCCCAGCUACUCCUCUCCCUUCUGGCGUGUCUUAGUUUCGUCUCCCCGCUACCUACAACGGAGCCCCCACUGUUUGACGGUCAUCCGUUUGUGGGUAUAUGGAAUACCCCGACCCCUACAUGCAAGAGGCUGCAGAUCCCACUGGACACCUGGUCCUUCAAAGCAGUGACCACGCCUGCUGCUGUUCCCGGUCAGUUCCUCACCCUGUUCUACGUCGACCGCCUGGGCCUGUACCCUCACGUUGACCCCAACAACCAUCGCCAGUUCAAUGGUGGCAUCCCCCAAAAGGGCAACCUGACGGCCCACCUGAUUAAGGCCUACGGUGACAUCAAUCAUUACAUCCCCUCUGACACGACCCCGGGUCUGGCCGUCAUCGACUGGGAAGACUGGCGCCCCCUGUGGGACAGAAACUGGGGGUCCAAGAAUAUUUACCGUCAACUGUCCAUCGCCUACGCUCGAGAGAAGGACCCCUCUUUGUCCCCAUCACAAGCAACCACUGAGGCCAAGAAGCAGUUUCAGACUGCAGCCCGCAACUACAUGGAGGGAACCAUGAUGCUAGGUAUCAGCCAGCGGCCCAGCCAGCAAUGGGGGUUCUAUCUGUUCCCCGAUUGCUACAACUAUGGCUGGGAGAAGCCAGACUACACAGGGCAAUGCUCCGACAAGACCAAGAGCCAGAACGACGAGCUUUUGUGGCUUUGGGAGUCCAGCACGGCUCUAUACCCUUCAGUCUACCUGCCUGCGUCGCUGAACAACAGCGCCAACGUGGCACUUUUCGUCAGAAACCGCGUUCAGGAGGCAGUGCGGGUGGCAGCUCUGCCCAAACGCCCCUACACUGUGCCCAUCUAUGUGUACUCAUGCCCACUCUACAGGGACGGAAAUACGAAUACGUUUCUCAGUACGGAAGAUCUGAUCAGAAGUAUUGGAGAAAGUGCAGCAUUGGGGGCUUCCGGGUCAGUGCUCUGGGGAGCCAGUGCCGACUAUACUGACAAGGCUUCAUGUGAAGCAUUAUCCACAUACCUGACAUCCACCCUCAACCCAUACAUUGCUAACGUGACCGCUGCCGCCAAACUCUGUAGUGACGUCCUUUGCCAAGGCAAUGGCCGCUGUGUCAGAAAGGACUACAACUCCAAUGACUACCUGCACCUGAACCCGGACAACUUCCGCCUCCUAAAGUCCCAGCGAAAGUACGUGGCCAUCGGAAUACCCUCCUCUGCUGACCUACUCACCUUAGCAGACAAGUUCACCUGCCAGUGCUACACAGGCAGUAGCUGCUCACCCCAGUUAUCACGUCCCAUGACCCCAAUGGUUAUUCAGGUAUAGCCUCACUCUUAGAAAAUCUGAUGAAUGCAUUCACAGUAUGGGUACGUGGAUAUGAUUGAAGCAAAUAAUCAAAGUUCUAAUUUUUAGAUGAACAGUAUUUUUUUGAGAAUCCUGCACUAUAGGACUGAAUCACGAAAGACAUUACAUAUUUAUGUCAAAAUAAAAUUCAAAAAUAUU